AUGUCGGAGUCGAGAAAAAACCAUCUAUCUAUAGACGGAGGCCAGGUGAAAGAAGACGAGCAUGUUUCUUCGUACAAACCAAUACCCGAAAAUGAUGGAGAUUUCCGAACAUCGAAGACCAGUCUUAAGAAGGAGAAGGGUUCUGGUGACGAGGCUGAAGAGAAACUGCUGGCCAAGGAGGACGAAGCCAAGAUAGUAACAAGGGUCGACAUGGCUGACGCUAAAUACGUCGUGGAAGACCACAGGAAUGGCGACGCUAAGAUUGAACUUGAUGCUAAUAAGCGGCAAUUCACCGGUCUGACCAAAGAGGAGCUAAUGAAGUACGCCGACGACCCGUUCUGGGUGCGCUUGCGCUGGUUCAUGUUCGUGCUCUUCUGGGCGAUGUGGCUGUGCAUGUUGGCCGGGGCCGUCGCUAUCAUCAUUCGCGCGCCCAAGUGUGCACCCCCGCAGCCACGCACCUGGUUCGAAAAGGGACCCCUGGUUGACGUGGCCGCAGUGGAGGACUACAAUGCCAUAGACCUGCCUCUACUCCAAAGCUCCAAAGUGGCAGCUGUCUUUGCACCGUCUUGCCAGGACACCUACUCUGUAUUAGACGACGAAAAUGUAGCUUGUUUGACUCAGUUUAAGGACUUCGUGGGUAAAGCGAAGGCAGCUGGUGUCAAGGUGAUUGUAGACCUGACAGCUAACUUUGUAUCCACCUCGCACAAGUGGUUCCAGCUGAGCGAGAAUCGGUCUACAGGGUACGAUGACUACUUCACCUGGCGGGCAAGCACCGAGUUUGAUAGCAACGGCAACGACUCAACCCCCAAACCGCCUAAUAAAUGGGUGUCAACUUUGAAUGAACCCGCAUGGACCCUAAGCAAGAAACGUGGCGAGUUCUACCUGCACCAAUAUGCCGCUGACCAAGCUGACCUGAACUUCCACAACCCUGCCGUUGUCAAGGAGUUUGAUGCCGUCAUCAAGAUUUGGAUGAAAGCAGGCGCUGAUGGCAUAAGAUUGCAGAAAGCCCGUACCCUGGUAGUGAACAACACAGACGUAGCCAACGCCAAUGAGCAGCCGAGGCGUGGUCGCGGGAGCGUGCCUGGGGCCGACCACACCCAAUACGCCUUUUACCAGCACAAGUACACCGCCGAUCUCCCAGCUCUGGACCAGCUAUUUGCUCAUUGGACGCAUCUGGCCGAUUCCUUCUACGCAACUCCGUCUGCGGGUGAAUCGGUGUUCACGCUGGCUGAAGCGGAGCAACCCGAGUGGUUCCUUCUGGAUCGCAACUCGACCUCGCUGCGACCGGCGUUUGCUGCUCCGCUGCCGAUCAUUGAUGCGAAUGCAGCUGCCGCUAGUCUCAAUGAGCGGGUGACUCGCUGGCCACUUAUUCAGCUGAAAUCCGAAGAACCAAGCGUUGAAUUAGCAGCGUUCAGUAUGCUACUUCCUGCUGCACCGGUUAUAGCUAUUGACCAGCUGCAGGGCGUUGAGAACGAUACAUCUGCUGUGGCGCUUAUAUCGUCUCUUGCGCCGCUCCGAAGCGAUGCCAGCAUUGAGCACGGCCUUUACAAGAUCAGCGCAGUUCCCGUGGUCAAUUCCACAUCCACAAUGUUGGCGUGUGCCAGGUGGAAGACAGGGCACACUGGGUAUCUGUCGGUCUACAACCCAGGUGACACAGCACGCGCCAACCUCACCGAGAUGCCAGCGCUGCCUGAAUCACUCACAGUGUACCAUCUCUCUAGUACUGCACAAUUUUACACAAACUACACCAUCAACACGGAGGUCGGUGUAGACAACAUCCUGGUGCCAUCCAAGGCUGCCCUGAUACUGUCUUACGUACCGAAGACAAGUGUUGAACAAUAA